AUCAUCUCGUGUUAUGUAUGGCAAGAAAAGACCGACAAAAUAAACUUGUCAAGUUGAAGAACAGAAAGCGACAAGUUUUUCAUGGGGAGGAAAAACACGAAAUAAGUUAACAAUUAAAACUGUCGAAAUAAUGUCAGAGUUUGGAAAACAAAAUAUUUUCCUUCCGACAACAGUUUCCAGGUAUCAAAUUCCCAAAUUAGAGUAUGGCUGCCGAUGGUUAGAGGUUUAUGGAGCAUUUGUGGCGUCCCUCGCUUUCUUCUGUAGUGGAAUCGUACAGUCGUACACAAGUCCGGCCAUCUACUCGAUCGAGUCGGACGGAGAAAGCAACCUCAGUCUGACGAGGAGUGACAUUUUAUGGUUUGCCUCGGGUCCAUCCCUGGCCGCAUUUGUGGGCACUGCGCUGUCUGCACCGCUUUUAGAAUUCUUUGGCAGACAAAAGUCCCUCGUCGUGUGCGCCCUGCCCUCCAUCAUUGGCUGGAUUCUUAUAGGAUUCGCCACCAAUGUCGCAAUGCUUCACGCGGGACGCAUCUUUACCGGACUGACGAUCGGAAUUGCGAGAGCGGCUGCUCCAGUUUAUGUGAGUGAGAUUUCUCCACCCAAUUCGCGAGGACUCUUGGGUUUCUUUCCCCCAAUGAUGAACGCCCUUGGGAUCCUACUCGGUCUGUGGGUAGGUUGUUGGAUCCAGUGGCGAAAACUGGCCAUUUUUGUCUCCAUCUUCCCCAUCCUUCUGCUCUUCUUGUCCCUCUGGCUACCAGAAUCCCCCCUCUGGCUCCUCCUCCACGAACAGGGGGAAUCUGCCUUCAAGAGUUUGAUGAGUCUCCGCGGAUCCGGAAGAAGGCUGAAAGUUCAGGAAGAAAUGGCUGAAACGAGGAGCUCUAUUGAAGAGGUGAAAGUCUCCCUGAGAAAUCUAGACUGGAGAGAUUUGAUUUUUCGGAAGGAAAACUAUCUCGCUUUCUCCCUCAUGAUUUUCCAACAAUUCAGCGGCGUCUCGACGGUUAUCUACUACCUGGCCAUGAUUCUUGAUGAGGCGACCCCCGCCGGGGGCCGGAUUCCUAGGUCACUUCAGCCAGAAACGGCGGGUCUGACAGUAGGCAUUGUUCAUUUUGUGGCCUUCUUCAUCUCAUUACCGCUCAUCGAUCGGCUCGGGAGGAGAGUACUGCUAAUUGUGAGCGGAAGUCUGAUGGCGAUAUCGCACGCCACGCUAGCAUUAUUUCUCUACUUUCACUUGGAGCCGAAUGGAACCUUUGUUCACGCCACGGAAUCUUGGUUGCCACUGACGGCGUUGUGUGCCUUCAUUGCGGCCUUCUCGAUUGGUUUCGGCCCAGUCCCAUUCGUCUUCAUGACGGAAGUCUUUUCACUCCGGUUCCGUGGAUAUUUGUCCUCCGUAGCGACACUAAUUGCACAAAUCGCCUCGUUCUCAGUUCUCCAACUUUUCCCCAUCAUGCUCAAAAUGAUCAGCCCGUACUUUGUAUUUCUAAUAUAUGCUCUAGAAUGUAUCCUAGCCGUCGCUUUUGUGUUCUUCAAAAUCCCAGAGACCAAGGGCAAGUCGUUGGCUGAAAUCGAGAAACAUUUCCGUACCCCCAACACGUUGCUGGAGGAGAAGGAAAAUCACCACAUGAGCCUUGACCGGGUGGAAGUUCCCUUCGUCUACGUUCCCGUGGCGAGACUCAUUUUGUCUGACACGGAUAUGACCACCACCACCCCGACCAAAAUUUACUGUAAAAGUCCAGCAGCUCUGUGAUUGCUAGUUUUGUUUAAUUACUGGACCUCAAAAUAUUUCUACUUUAACUGUAGUAAUUAACAAUUAAAAUAUUAAUUCGAAUCUAAAUUUCAUUAGAGUAGCGCAACUUUAAAUGUAGUAACUUGAUUCGAAACUUACGAGUAGACUAGCGCAACGAUUUUAAUACGUAUAACUCUCAGCAUCGUCGUUCUUUUAUUUACCAAUGAUGAUGAUGAUGACUAAUGUUUAAUCCAUGCAAAUUCAAGCUGCAAUAAAUUAUAAGAUUAUUGCAACAUUGAAA